GGGAUAAGUGACCAGAACUAGAGAGGGCUCGGCUGUAUCGAUGUAGGAAACUGUAGCCCCUCAGGAGGCCCUCUGGCAGGACCUCCCCUUCCUGCCCCCACCCCCAGUAGUUAUGGGGCCUGGGGUGCUGGGGCUGAGGGGUUCCAAGAGUCUAGGGAAGCACUGGGAAAUCACCCCUUUGUAUCUAAAGGCCCUACAUUGGGGUUUUUCCCCUGUACCCUGGUCUUCCCCUACCCUGACCCUGGGAGGAAGCCGAAAGAAGCUUCUUUCCGGGCACAUUUUGCCCCAGAGCCUCAGCCUGUCUGGACCAGGUGGGCAGCAGGGCCCAGGGUGUGGGCAGCUCACCCGGAGGGGUGGGAUUUGGGGUCAGGGCCUGUACAGGGAACCCCUUGUCCUCUCCCCGAGCUGGGUGUGGGUUUGCAAGGAGACAUGUGACCCAGACCAACCUUGGGAGCAGCAGGGCGCCUGCUGUCUGGCCACUCUUACUAGGACUGCUGUGGCACUUCCUCCCCUAGUGGGUCCCUGGUGCCCAUGAAUUGCAGCUCCUGGGUGGUGGUGGGGGCACUGUCUCCUGGGACUCCAGCAGGGCCCUGGGGUGAGCUGUGGGCUUGCCCCACCUCAGCAGGUCCUCUAGGGCUGCCCACUGGAUGCUUCACUGCCUCACACACUCGUAGGGGCUUCCUCAGGCUGUUGGAUUUCCCCACUUUCCGGGGCUCAGGUCCGUUGACUUAGGUCUAGGGCUCUAUACAUUUCACCCAGAGCCUCCGGAGCCUGGCAGGCAGACCUAUUCUGACACUGAACUUCCAAAGUCAUGGGCCUUGAUUGGGGUGGUCUGAAUCAGACCGAGCCCUUUUCUGGGCAGGAAGGAGCUUCUGGGAGGAUGGAUGCUAUUCGGGUUAGAGCUCGUGUGGACCUAGCUGCAGGCAAAAGCCUUGAGGCUGAGUCCCUUCUGUGGCGUGGUGGACAGACUGUCGCUCAUCACAACAGGGCUUGUCACGGGAGCUCCUUCUCCACACUCCUCCCUAAGCUGCCUGUAUGGAGGCGGCCCUCUUGACACUGAGGCCGGAGUUGUCAUUUCAAAACCUUGCUGUGUAUUAAACAGCUGUGUUGGUCAGGGCCAGACUGCUGGACUGACAGCAGGGGGCAGGCAGUCGGACCCUCUGAUCUCCCCAACGGCACUAGCGCCUGCAUGGCCUCAGCCUAGGGGGUCAUCAGGGAAGCUCUCCCCCAUUCUGCGCAGACAAAGCUUCCUCUGUCCAGCCUCGCUCGGCCAGAAUUGUGAGCUGCUGGUGACUGGCACCCCUCUAUUCUAGGGCCAAGGCCUCUCAGGGGUCUACAGAUACAAAUAUGGGUGGGUGCACACCCAUGUUAUAAACCACACUAAAUGCACAAAGACUGUCUGCAAGUUUGGGGUGCGGGGAACAGCUCUGGGUGGGGGUUGGAAAUUUGGUCUGGGGUACCCACUAGGCUCCCUCCCUCAGCCCACAGUGAGUCUGGUUUCUGAGUUGUCCCGGUCUAGCCACUUUCGUUUCCCCUGGGGCCGGGUGGAGGCUGGGACAGAAAGCGGAACUGAGCCCGCCUGUUCUGAGGCCAGGGCAGGGCUGGAGCCUUCUGAACACCUCCCUGUCCCAGCCCCUGGGCCAGGCAAGGGCCAGCCUUACCUCUCCUGAGUUGGUGGCAGCAGAGCUGGGCUCUGAGGGAGGCCUGCAAUGUGAGACAGUAGCAGCUCAGAGGCGGCACUAGGCAGCCUUCCUAACAGGCUCUGGCAGGUGUUAGGGCCUUCCUAAGUGCUACCUGAAUACGUGUCCAGUAGGAGGAGAAGGGGGAGGACCAAGAACCUAGAUGAAAGGCCCUAGAGAGGUAACAUCUGUUUGGUGGCCGCUGUCAUUGGAGACCCCUCUGCCAUGAACCAGUCCAUCCCAGUGGCUCCCACCCCACCCCGCCGUGUGCGGCUGAAGCCCUGGCUGGUGGCCCAGGUGAACAGCUGCCAGUACCCAGGGCUUCAAUGGGUCAACGGGGAAAAGAAAUUAUUCUGCAUCCCCUGGAGGCAUGCCACGAGGCAUGGUCCCAGCCAGGAUGGAGAUAACACCAUCUUCAAGGCCUGGGCCAAGGAGACAGGGAAAUACACCGAAGGCGUAGAUGAAGCCGAUCCGGCCAAGUGGAAGGCCAACCUGCGCUGCGCCCUUAACAAGAGCCGGGACUUCCGCCUCAUCUACGACGGGCCCCGGGACAUGCCACCUCAGCCCUACAAGAUCUACGAGGUCUGCUCCAAUGGCCCUGCUCCCACAGACUCCCAGCCCCCUGAGGAUUACUCUUUUGGUGCAGGAGAGGAGGAGGAAGAAGAGGAAGAGCUGCAGAGGAUGUUGCCAAGCCUGAGCCUCACAGAUGCAGUGCAGUCUAGCCCCCACAUGGCACCCUAUUCUUUACUCAAAGAGGAUGUCAAGUGGCCACCCACUCUGCAGCCACCCACUCUGCAGCCGCCCACUCUGCAGCCGCCCGUGGUGCUGGGUCCCCCUGCUCCGGACCCCAGCCCCCUGGCUCCUCCCCCUGGCAACCCUCCUGGCUUCAGGGAGCUUCUCCCUGAGGUCCUGGAGCCUGGGCCCCUGGCUGCCAGCCUGCCCCCUGCAGGCGAACAGCUGCUGCCAGACCUGCUGAUCAGCCCCCACAUGCUGCCUCUGACCGACCUGGAGAUCAAGUUUCAGUACCGGGGGCGGCCACCCCGGGCCCUCACCAUCAGCAACCCCCAUGGCUGCCGGCUCUUCUACAGCCAGCUGGAGGCCACCCAGGAGCAGGUGGAACUCUUUGGCCCCAUAAGCCUGGAGCAAGUGCGCUUCCCCAGCCCCGAGGACAUCCCCAGCGACAAGCAGCGCUUCUACACGAACCAGCUGCUGGAUGUCCUGGACCGCGGGCUCAUCCUCCAGCUACAGGGCCAGGACCUUUAUGCCAUCCGCCUGUGUCAGUGCAAGGUGUUCUGGAGCGGGCCUUGUGCCUCAGCCCAUGACUCAUGCCCCAACCCCAUCCAGCGGGAGGUCAAGACCAAGCUUUUCAGCCUGGAGCAUUUUCUCAAUGAGCUCAUCCUGUUCCAAAAGGGCCAGACUAACACCCCGCCACCCUUCGAGAUCUUCUUCUGCUUUGGGGAAGAAUGGCCUGACCGCAAACCCCGAGAGAAGAAGCUCAUUACUGUACAGGUGGUGCCUGUAGCAGCUCGACUGCUCCUGGAGAUGUUCUCAGGGGAGCUAUCUUGGUCAGCUGAUAGUAUUCGGCUACAGAUCUCAAACCCAGACCUCAAAGACCGCAUGGUGGAGCAAUUCAAGGAGCUCCAUCACAUCUGGCAGUCCCAGCAGCGGUUGCAGCCUGUGGCCCAGGCCCCUCCUGGGGCAGGCCUUGGUGUUGGCCAGGGGCCCUGGCCUAUGCACCCAGCUGGCAUGCAAUAACAAGGCUGCAGAUGGUGACUGGCCCUGGCUUCCUGGGUGGCAGUGCGGACUGAUGAGGAGAUGUGACAGCCCGGGUGAGCACCUGGCUGGCUGCAGGGUCCUACCUCUGGGUUUCCUGGAAGUGGAUUUGGGCCAAGAAGGAGAGGGAGAAAGGCCCGAGCCCCUGCCUUCCUGGGCCUUUCUCUCCUGGGCUGUCUCUGGUCUGGUCAGCCUGGCUCUCGAGAAAUUCAGCCAUGAGCAGGGAAGGAACUCCCCCAACCCUGGGGCCUAGUUGUAUAGGAGGAAUUGCCUAAGGGUGGCCCACUCUUGUGAUUGCCCCAUUUCCUCCGGCAAAAAAAGCCAGAGUGUUGUGGGCCAAGUCCGCCCACGGGGCCUCUGCAGGGCAUGGCCCUGAUUUCCCUGGUUUGAGCCUUACUUCCUCAUCUGCCUGUCCUCUGAGAUAAUAUGAGUGAGCACUUAGGUAUCAUAUCAGAUGCUCAAGGCUGGCAGCUACCCCCCUUCUUGAGAGUCCAAGAACCUGAAGCAGAAAUAAUUUUUAUGUAUUUUUGGAUUAAUAAAUGUUAAAAAUAGACUCAGCUGUUUCUUUUCUUUUUCUACUACCAGUUGCUCCCAUGCUGCUCCACCAGGCCCUGUUUCGGAUGCCAGCUGGCCCACUCCCCAAGCACUUGCCCCCAGCUUGCGACCAUUGGCACUGGGAGGGCCUGGCUUCUGGGCUGAUGAGUCAGUUGGGCCUUCAUAAACACUCACCUGGCUGGCUUUGCUUUCUAGGAGGAAGCUGGCUGAAGCAAGGGUGUGGAAUUUUAAAUGUGUGCACAGUCUGGAAAACUGUCAGAAUCAGUUUUCCCAUAAGAAAUGGUGAAAAAGGGUGGGCUAGCAUUGCAGCUGCAUUUGGGACCAUUCAAAUCUGUCACUCUCUUGUGUAUAUUCCUGUGCUAUUAAAUGUAUUAGGGCAGUGCAUGCAAAUCGUCCUGAUAUAUUUAUUAUAUUGUCCCCCGAGGUGGGGACAGUGAGUUCUCACUCUUAGUCCCCCCCAGAGCUGGUUGUUAAAGAGCCUGGCACCUACCCCCUCACUUCAUCUGUGUCAUCUCUGCACACUUCAGCCCACUUUCUGCCUUCAGCCAUUGAGUGGAAGCUGCCCAAGGCCCUUACCAGGUGCAGAUGCCCAAUCUUGAUGCCCAGCCAUCAGAACUGUGAGCCAAAUAAACCUUUUUCUGUAUAA